UGAAAGGGUAUCUGCAACUUGUGCCCCGCCUCCUUGGCUGGCUGAUGUUUAGCCCGCAGCUGUGGCAUAUUAGCCCGUGCAGACUCUAGCUGCUGCGUCCCGCUCCUCUUCCCACCUGCCAUGGCUAGACAAGAGAUCUCCGCAUCUUACGAGGAGCUUAAUGAAGAUAUGGAACAAGUAGCUUCUGGCCUAGUGGCAGGAAUAGAAGAAGUGGAUGAAGACGAUAUCAGGUCAACUAUCCUUCCAGACAGCAGCAGCGGUUCAGUGCGUUUCAGCAAGUCCUGCCUGAAGAAUGUCUUCUCAGUCAUUCUUCUCUUCAUUUACCUCCUGCUUAUGGCUGUAGCUGUUUUCCUAGUCUACCAAACCAUUGCUGACUUUCGAGAAAAGCUCAAGCACCCUGUGAUGUCCGUCUCUUACAAGGAAGUGCCUUUUUAUGAUGCUCCUGGCAUUGCCCUCUAUCCAGGCAAGGCUGAACUGCUGACCUGUAAGCAUCAUUACUAUGAUUAUAUUUUGCCUCUGGUCAACCCAGGUCAGCCAGGAAAAAUUGAAUGCACUAUUCAAAGAGUCAACUACACAGAUCCCUUUACUAAUCAAACCAAGAAACAUGCUGUGAUCGUCCAAGGACCUCGUGAUGUGAAGAAACGGGAACUGGUAUUCAUGCAGUUCCACCUAAAUGAAACAGACCAGGAUUUCAGCGCAAUAGACUAUCUACUCUUUUCCUCUUACCAAGAAUUCCUCAACAGUCCAAACAAGUCAGAAUUUAUGAAGAGGCGUGAAACCUCCUACUCCAGCUGGAAAUUCUCUGGUGGUUUUCGAACCUGGGUCAAAAUGUCUUUGGUGAAGACGAAAGAAGAAGAAGGCAGAGAGACAGUUGAAUUCAGACAGGAGAUUAGUGUGGUUAACUACAUUGAACGGAGGACACAGGCAGUGGGAGACCAACUGUUUUUUGUGGUGUUUGAAUGGAAAGAUCCUUUUAUCCAGGAAGUUCAAGACAUUGUAACAGCAAAUCCCUGGAACAUGAUAGCAAUUCUCUGUGGCAUCUUCUUGGCUUUAUUUAAAGCAGCUGAUUUUGCUAAACUAAGUGUGAAAUGGAUCAUAAAAAUCCGAAAACGGCACCUCAAGAGAAGAAGUCAGGUCCUGAACCAUAUCAGCUGAGGACCAUCAAUACUACUGGGAAAGUUCUGUACUCCACUGGAUAAUCAAAUGACUUGAAGGUAAAUCAGUAUGGAAGCAGUUGACCUGCACAAAGAAACUGCAUUGUCAGGCCUACUUGUUUCACUGGAGUAUCACAUCCAAACGCUUGAAGUUUUGGAAGAUCAACUUUGAAAGAACUCCUGUCCAGGUUCAAUCUAUUUUUAUAUGUCAGCUUCUUUACCAAGUGAUGACAAAGUAGAAUGUAGUUAACCUUUUGUAAUAGAAUGUACAAUCUAGUAUUUACAGGCAAGUCUUUAUGGGUAAAGCAAAAUUAAGACUUGUUUCUAAGUUAAGAUUCCUGCCCAUCUUAAAGCUGGUUGUCUCUACCAGGAAACCCAAUGGUAAUUAGUUAAUCCUGUGGUCUGAGGUUGGGCUCCAGCAUUUUCAAGUUAAUAUCUCAGGGAGAAAGAUGCCUACUUCAAGGCCCAAGGGGUUCUUGGCUUCAAGAUGUGCUUCAAUUAGAGUGAACAUUACCAAGAUAAGUGAACUAUUGGCCUGAUCCAGUGUAAGGCCGUAUGUUACAGAUCUGUUCCUACAUGGCUGUGUUGAACAGGCUUAUCAGGAGGGGAAAGCAUUGAUGCUCCAACAUCAGCUGGUUUGGCUCACAUCUUGUUUUCCAAUGGCAGACAAAUAAUUAUUUGUUCACCAUUCAGCAAGUUGCUUCACUCUAUUCCUUCACAACAGGGCAAGCAGUUUUUUGUACAGACAUUUUCCCCACUGUGUACCAUUUUCCCCACUGUGCCACUGGAGGGCUUUUUUUAAAAAAAAUGGUAAUUUCUAUUUCACACUAACAUUCUAAUGAGCUAUUGUGAUAAUCUCUACACUCCCUAAACUAAAUCUCUAAACUCCAAAGCAGACAUUUAAUGCUAACCAAACAGACUGGAUGAAAACUCACACCCGCUGGUCACACCUGCAAACACGGUAAGUUUGACCAUCAAACUUCUUGUUAAGACACAAUUUGCAGUAUCCAAGAAUAUCACUAAUAUGGAGUGCUAAAGGUUUGCACUGUUUCAGAGAGGUAAAUGGUCAUAAGGAUCCAUUUCUGCAGGACAGAACACUGAAAGCGCUGGAAUUUAAUCAAGCAUUCCGUUGUGAUUAAAAAUGUACAUGUUUAAAGUGU